AUGUCUACUUCCAACAUGUCCACUGCUGACACUGUUGCUGUCUCCACCACGAGUCUUGUUUAUGUUAACACCUCCAAUGUCAUGAAGCUCUCUUCAACGAACUUCCUCAUGUGGAGCCGUCAGAUCCAUGCCUUAUUUGAUGGGUAUGAUCUCGCCAACUAUCUCGAUGGUACUGUCCCGGUGCCACCCGAGACCAUCUCUGCAACUGAUGGUACUCCUCCGACCGCAAAUCCUGCGUUUGGCCUCUGGCGCCGGCAAGACAAGCUUGUCUACAGCGCCCUCCUUGGUGCCAUCUCUGCCUCCGUGCAUCCUAUUGUCUCUCGUGCCGCCACUGCUCACGAGAUCUGGUCUACUCUCAAUACAACAUACGCUAAACCAAGCCGUGGUCACAUCCUCCAACUCCAAAACCAAGUGACUCAAUGGAUGAAAGGUACCGGCUCCAUUGAUGAUUAUGUUCAAGGACUUGUUGCCUUGUAUGACAAGUUAGCUCUUCUCGGCAAAGUUGUCGACCAUGAUGACCAGUUAGCCAAGCUCCUGAAGGGACUCCCUGAUGACUACCAACAGGUUGUCAAUCAGAUCGAGGGUCGUGAAACAACACCCUCGCUACCCGAGGUUCACGAGAAGUUGAUCCUUCAUGAAGCCAACCUCCUCGCCUCUACCUCUGCGACUGCUCUACCAAUCACGGCAAAUGCUGCUUCGUACAACCGUAACAGUAAUAAUCGUGGUUACCACUCUAACAACAGUGGUGGUCACUCCAAUGCUCGCUCCAACCAGCCGUGUGCCCGUCGCUGCUCUCAGUUCCAGCUCAACUCUCAGUUCCAUGCCACUCCGUAUGCCCCAUGGAAGCCUCGUGCGAACUUGGUUACGGCUCCUAAUGUCACGCCUUGGGUUGUUGACUCUGGUGCCACACACAACCUUACCACCGAUCUGAACAAUCUCGCUCUCCAUCAACCAUAUCAUGGUAGUGAUGGUGUCACUAUUGCAGAUGGCUCUACUAUCCCCAUCUCGCACUCUGGUUCUACUUCACUCCCUACGGCUUCUCGUCCCUUACACUUGAAAGAUGUCUAA